AACAUGGCAAGCCCGGGUAAAGAUAACUUCAGAAUGAAAAGCUACAAGAAUAAUGCACUUAAUCCCCAAGAAAUGCGCAGACGAAGAGAGGAGGAAGGAAUCCAGCUUCGAAAACAGAAAAGGGAAGAACAGCUGUUUAAACGCCGAAACGUUUCUCUCCCGGGAAAUGAAGAAUCUAUGGUAGAAAGUCCAAUUCAGGAUCCUGAUGUCAGCUCUACUGUACCCAUUCCAGAGGAAGAAGUUAUUACAGUAGAUAUGGUGCAGAUGAUUUUCUCAGAUGAUCCUGAUCAGCAGCUCACAGCAACUCAGAAAUUCAGGAAAUUGCUAUCUAAAGAGCCUAAUCCACCUAUAGAUGAAGUCAUACAAAAACCAGGAGUAGUACAGAGAUUUGUGAAGUUUCUAGAGAGGAAUGAGAAUUACACCCUGCAAUUUGAAGCAGCUUGGGCUUUGACAAACAUAGCAUCUGGAACUUUUCUACACACCAAAGUUGUAAUUGAAACUGGAGCUGUUCCAAUUUUUAUUAAGUUGCUUAGUUCAGAACAUGAAGAUGUACAGGAGCAGGCAGUGUGGGCUCUUGGUAACAUUGCUGGUGAUAAUGCAGAAUGCAGAGACUUUGUUUUAAACUGUGGAAUUUUACCACCCCUCUUGGAACUGUUAACAAAUUCAAAUCGUCUUACAACAACUAGAAAUGCAGUCUGGGCUCUCUCAAAUCUCUGCAGAGGAAAGAACCCUCCUCCAGACUUCAGUAAGGUGGCUCCUUGCUUAAAUGUUUUAUCAAGACUGUUGUUUAGCAGUGACCCGGAUGUUUUAGCAGAUGCUUGCUGGGCCCUCUCUUACCUUUCAGAUGGUCCCAAUGAUAAAAUUCAAGCUGUUAUUGAUUCUGGAGUGUGUCGAAGAUUGGUAGAGCUGCUUAUGCAUAAUGAUUACAAGGUGGUAUCCCCUGCAUUAAGAGCAGUUGGAAAUAUUGUUACUGGGGAUGAUAUCCAAACACAGGUGAUUCUAAACUGCUCUGCAUUACCCUGUCUCUUGCACUUGCUUAGUAGCCCCAAGGAAUCUAUUCGAAAAGAAGCGUGCUGGACUGUUUCUAAUAUUACUGCAGGAAACAGAGCUCAGAUUCAGGCUGUUAUAGAUGCAAAUAUUUUUCCAAUAUUGAUUGAAAUUCUUCAAAAAGCUGAAUUUCGCACCAGAAAAGAAGCAGCAUGGGCCAUAACUAAUGCAACAUCAGGAGGAACCCCUGAACAGAUUAGGUAUUUGGUAGCACUAGGUUGUACCAAGCCUCUUUGUGACCUCCUGACUGUGAUGGAUUCAAAAAUAGUACAGGUGGCUUUAAAUGGACUUGAAAAUAUUCUGCGCCUUGGAGAACAAGAGUCUAAGCAAAAUGGAAUGGGCAUUAAUCCUUACUGUGCCCUUAUAGAGGAAGCAUAUGGACUUGAUAAAAUCGAAUUUCUUCAGAGGCAUGAAAACCAAGAGAUCUACCAAAAGGCUUUUGAACUCAUAGAACAUUACUUUGGUGUCGAAGAAGAGGACUCCAGUAUUGCACCUCAGGUGGAUGAAAGUCAGCAGCAGUUUGUGUUUCAACAGCAGGAGGCUCCAAUGGAGGGGUUUCAGCUAUAAACUAUUAGAGUGAAGACAUGCAUAAAAUGUAAACACUUGUAGGGUUUUGCGUUUUUUUCCCCCAGAGGUCUUUUCUUCAUGGCCAAAGUUAGAGGAAAAGUCGAAUACGUUUUGCAGAAAUAGAUGAAGAAACAGCUCAUGCACUUUUAUAUAUUGUGUUAGAUACAACUGUUCUUUGUUUUGUAUUUGUGUUUUUCAUUAUCUUACAUGUACAGAAAACAACUGUGAGUAGUUGUGUCUAAAGUAAAGCAUUAAACGUGACUUAACAAGAACUGUUAAGCCAAGACUUGGUAGGAUUUUAGGUAGUGGUUCUGAAUUUUUCAUGUAGUCUGAAACUGCAUAUCAGCAAUACAGUUACUGACAGUUGCAUUUUUGGCAGUAGGCUUGACUUGCCCAGUCUCUAUCAAAUCUACCUCUUGUAUUGAAGCAAAAACAUUGCUUCAGAACUAAGGCAUGAAAUAAAGAUGAGCCUGUAAGAAGCUGAAUUGGAAUGUGAAAAAUAUUUAUUUAAAUUGUGAAACUUUUAUGCAUUACUUACUUUACAACACACUGUUGGAAUUUAUUUAUAAAAUGUAUUUAAAGACAUAAUAGAUAUACAUAUAUAAUGCUAAUUACUAAUUACCUAAUAUAGUACUGAAUAUAUGAAAAAGCUUUUUCUGAAUUAUGUGGGAAGAGGACUAUUUCAGAGGUUUUCAAACUGGAAUCAGCAGAGAGCUUGCUAGUCAUUUGAUAUUGGCUCUGUAAUUAAAGCUGCUAAAUGGCAUUAAAAGUCAUCCACAAAUACAAUACUUUGCAGUGGAAGCAGUUGCUGUAGUUACCACAAGAAUGCUGCGAUUAUGAACGACAGAGAUGGUGAUUUGCACAAAUCACCAAGCAGAUGGUUUACAGCUGUCUCCUGUCAAAAUGUGGUAGCACUACUUUAGCUUGAGAAACAUCCCAAUGUUUGCCUUUCUAGUACAGUAGCUUCUUAAAAGUUUAGACAGUAGGUGGUUUUUUUUUUUUUUUUU